GAUCUUAUUUGAUUGUCAAGUAAUAUUCCCCAAUGGAGUCCUAGCUGGUGGUGACGGGCAGGCUGCUAGACUAAUGAAUCCUCGGCGUGCCCGGCGCAGUUCUCCAAUCGCCGGGCGGCGGGCCCCAGUCUGAGCGGCGAUGGCGGCGGCGGCGGCGGCGGCAGCAGCAGCGGGGGCUGCGGGCGGUCGGGGCUCCGGGCCGGGGCGGCGGCGCCAUCUUGUGCCCGGGGCCGGUGGGGAGGCCGGGGAGGGGGCCCCGGGGGGCGCAGGGGACUACGGGAACGGCCUGGAGUCUGAGGAACUGGAGCCUGAGGAGCUGCUGCUGGAGCCCGAGCCGGAGCCCGAGCCCGAAGAGGAGCCGCCCCGGCCCCGCGCCCCCCCGGGAGCUCCGGGCCCUGGGCCUGGCUCGGGAGCCCCCGGCAGCCAGGAGGAGGAGGAGGAGCCGGGACUGGUCGAGGGUGACCCGGGGGACGGCGCCAUUGAGGACCCGGAGCUGGAAGCGAUCAAAGCUCGAGUCAGGGAGAUGGAGGAAGAAGCCGAGAAGCUAAAGGAGCUACAGAACGAGGUAGAGAAACAGAUGAAUAUGAGUCCACCUCCAGGCAAUGCUGGCCCAGUGAUCAUGUCCAUUGAAGAGAAGAUGGAGGCUGAUGCCCGUUCCAUUUAUGUUGGCAAUGUGGACUAUGGUGCAACAGCAGAAGAGCUGGAAGCACACUUUCAUGGUUGUGGUUCAGUCAACCGUGUUACCAUACUUUGUGACAAAUUUAGUGGCCAUCCUAAAGGGUUUGCAUAUAUAGAGUUCUCAGACAAAGAGUCAGUGAGGACUUCCUUGGCCUUAGAUGAGUCCCUAUUUAGAGGAAGACAAAUCAAGGUGAUCCCAAAACGAACCAACAGACCAGGCAUCAGCACAACAGACCGGGGUUUCCCACGAGCCCGAUACCGUGCCCGGACCACCAACUACAACAGUUCCCGCUCUCGAUUCUACAGUGGUUUUAACAGCAGGCCCCGGGGUCGCGUCUACAGGUCAGGAUAGAUGGGCUGCUCCUCUCCCCCCGCCUCCCAUGAGCCCUGUAUGUUUCCUUCUCUCCUGAUCUGAGGAAUCUCCCUCACUUACCCUCCCCUUGGUCUCCAGGGACUUGGUCUCCUGCCUGUGCAGGGUGAGGAAGGUAGUUGCAGGCCAGGCCAGGAGGCCAGUCUCAUCAUCGUUUUCUGGAGCAAGAGUUGGUGAUAAGGGCUGGAUCUCUCUACUUUGUUCUGAGAGAUGGUUCUUCCCCCAGCCUUUUUUCCCUUGAGAGUUGGUGGCAGUGAAGGUGUUUACAAAACAGGCCAGGAAGAAUGGCCUCAGAGUAGUGAAGGCACUGCUUGGACAUUUGCUACUUUUCCCAGAGUUAAGGAGGAGUUGAAGAUUGAACCUCCCUUGGAAGAAUACCAGAGGCUAGUUGAUCCUUUUCAACAGCCAUGUGGGAGGAUAAUGAGAUACUUUUUAACUGAGCCAGUGUUUUACAAGGUUAACUUUUUCUCUGGGCCUAGUGUGAUGCCCAUGUUGUUGCUUUAUUAUCAUCUCUCUGCCUUUAAAUAGACAGGAUAAGCAUAUAGACCUUGGCUUUUCAUAAGAUUUACUUAUCUACUCCCAGGAAUUAGGGAGGAUCUGAUGGUGAAGGCCUGGGGUUUAGAGCUGUGGAGAACUGACUGAAAAGUGGAUAAACAAUAAGUCCGUUUUCUUGCCCCUAUUAUCUCAGAUAUGCUUUUUUGCCAAUGGCAAGGUAUUCUGUUAAAUUGUCCCCUCCCAUUUGCCAGGCGUGUCACUAUUUCUGGGAUAAUGGGGUCAGUUUUAGGAUACUUGGAAACUUCUUUCCCCCCAUUCCCUGCACUAUAACUGGGGCAAGGGCCCAUGGGGAGGGGCUUGUGCUGACUCUUAAGUGAUUAUGUUAACACCUAACUCUCCUUCUUUCUUCCAGGGGCCGGGCUAGAGCGACAUCAUGGUAUUCCCCUUACUAAAAAAAGUGUGUAUUAGGAGGAGAGAGAGGAAAAAAAGAGGAAAGAAGGAAAAAAAAAAAAGAAUUAAAAAAAAAAAAAAGAAAAACAGAAGAUGACCUUGAUGGAAAAAAAAAUAUUUUUUAAAAAAAAGAUAUACUGUGGAAAGGGGGGAGAAUCCCAUAACUAACUGCUGAGGAGGGACCUGCUUUGGGGAGUAGGGGAAGGCCCAGGGAGUGGGGCAGGGGGCUGCUCAUUCACUCUGGGGAUUCGCCAUGGACACGUCUCAACUGCGCAAGCUGCUCCCCUUGUUUCCCUGUCCCACUUCACCACCUUGGGGGCUGCUCAAGGGUAGGUGGGCAUGGGUGGUAGGAGGGGUUUUUUUACCCAGGGCUCUGGAAGGACACCAAACUGUUCUGCUUGUUACCUUCCCUCCAUCUUCUCCCUAACUUUCACAGUCCCCUCCUGCCUGCUCCUGUCCUGCCAGGUCUACCACCCAUCCCACCCCUCUUUUCCGGCUCCCUGCCCCUCCAGAUUGCCUGGUGAUCUAUUUUGUUUCCUUUUGUGUUUCUUUUUCUGUUUUGAGUGUCUUUCUUUGCAGGUUUCUGUAGCCGGAAGAUCUCCGUUCCGCUCCCAGCGGCUCCAGUGUAAAUUCCCCUACCCCUUGGGGAAAUGCACUACCUUGUUUUGGGGGGUUUUGGGGCGUUUUUUUGUUUUUCAGUUUUUUGUUUUGUUUUGUUUUGUUUUCCUUUGCCUUUUUUUCCCUUUUAUUUGGAGGGAAUGGGAGGAAGUGGGAACAGGGAGGUGGGAGGUGGAUUUUCUUUAUUUUUUUAGCUCAUUUCCAGGGGGUGGGAGUUUUUUUUUUAAUAUGUGUCAUGAAUAAAGUUGUUUUUGAAAAUAAAAAUUGUUUGGCCUUUUGGGUGUAAGGGUUAUUUAUCUAUUUUCCUAUUUUCUCUUAGAUCCCAGAUGGCUGUUAAUUCUCCUUUGUGGAAGUGCUGGUGUUGUGGAGGGGAAGUUCUCAUUUACGAAUUAAGGAGUAGGAGUUAAAAUUACAACUAACAGGAACAUUGUGUAUUUAGUUGAGGAUGAUGAGUUUUCUGGGUAGCAUGUAGCCCUGAUUGGCAUUUGAGGUAAAUCAAAUGAGCCUGGGAAUGUAAAAGAACGGCCAGAAGAGAGUAAUCUGAUAGCACUUCAGUGUGUACUCCUGAGUAAAUUGAACAUGCAAAUGAAUUAUCCACACCAGCAGCACUAGAUUCUUAGGGGUAUCUGGGUAGCUUUUCUUGUCUUUACCCCAAAGUCAGCUCAAAAAAUGAGGGAGAAAGUAGUUAACUAACAAAGACCAUGGCAAUAUCUUUUCUAGCCAUGCAGUGACCACUUACUCUGUUCAGCUAACUCAUUUUGAAUCGUUCCAUUAAUUAGGACUUAACUAAUUGGCUUUUACUGAUUUAAUAUCCUUAAGUUUAGUAGUUGGUCACAUUAACACCAAAUUUCUCUACUUUGUAUUAUGUCAAAUCGGUAUCCAGAUUCCUUGGGUACUACUACAUUGUGUUUCUGCCCCUCUGGCCCUGCUCAAGUCUUCUCCAUUACUUACAGGAUUUCUAAAUUUAAACCUUUAUAUAUUCUGUUGCACCAUUAACCUCUGUUCCCAGAAUAUUUUGUGAUUGCCUCCGACCUAGGUAUUCUCUUCAGUAAUCUUAGGUUAAAGAAAUGAGUGUCCUAUAUAUCUCUGAAGCCUUAACCCACUUCUCCAAUGGCUUUGUAUUCUGAAUUCUCAGGUCAGUAUUGACCACUUCAGCAUUUGCUCAUUUAUUGUACUGUUCCUGUUGUGUCAUUUGUUAAGCAUUCUGCAGUGGGGGGGGAUAUCUAUCUGCUCUAACAACAUUCAGCUAGAAUAGUGUGGAGAUUGCUGCAGAGGCUGAUUAAGGAGUCUGGUAGCGAUGGUUUCAAUAUUAACUUUGCUAGAAUGUGAGAGGUCUGAAGUAGCUUGAUGAUGUUAAUGCUGGGAAGGUCUCCUCUAUCCACCAGGGGGCGUUAAGUGGCUAUCUGCAAAACCCCUUCCAAAUUGCUGGAUCUUGGACAGGCGAGUGUCAUUUUUUUGACCCUUCUUUGUUUUUAAUUUUAUAUGUCCAGUCAGUUCUCCAUAUCCUGCCCAUUCUUUCCAUGCUAUUUUAAUUGCUUGAGCAACUCCCCAUCUUAAAGUGGGCUCCUGGUAGAUGUCUGACUCCACAAACUUAAUGUUGCCAGAAAUGCCCCUGUUCUACCACCAGUAAUUGUAAACGCAGAUGUGGAAUGAAGUCCUUUCCCAAUUUAAUUCUGAUUAGAUUUCCCUGUCACAUCUUGUUCUACAUGUGAUGCCCUGUGCAUUGCAGUUAAUUUUACUAUAUUUCAUUUAUUGCUCAUGCUGUGUCCAUUCCAUCUGCUCUUUCAGAAUCGUAAUGUAUAAAGCCAGGCACUACAGCCAGAAACCUUUCUUCAUUCCCUAGUCAUUAUGAAUCACUCCUGCACUCUGGGCAAAUUGCUUCUAUCUCUGUUGAGUACUUCAUAGCUUUAUAAUUAAAACAAUUACAUCCCUGUUUCCCCACUAGACUGCAAGCUCCUUGAGGGUAUGGAUUGUGCCUUUGUAUAACUUAGGUGCUCAGAAGGUGUUAAUUCACCUUGGGGGUUCCCUUUAUCCUGGACCUGCUAGUUCUUACCCUCACAAGCAUCAGAUUUCUUUCUUUACUUGGUCUUUUCAUUUUUCCUGCAUCAUCCUCAGUGAUUUUAGAGGAAGUAGCAUGAAAGGAAAGUUGCUUUCCUUGGGAAAGAUUGCUUGUUUUUUGGUCAGUCACUCCUGAUGAGCUCCCUCUUAUCUGAGGGAUUGGAAUGAACCUAGUCUCACAUGGAUCUUGUGGGAGGGAAGUGUCUAAGACAAUUGGGGGAGCCUAUCUCUAAGAUUUCUCUGGAGUGAGAGUCUGAGUCAGGUCUUUGCAACGACAGCCCAGAGCUCUUUCAGAUGGGAUUUGCCCAACCUGACCUCAGCAAUAAAGAAAAGUGAUUGCUGUUUUUUUCCGAUAACAGCCUUCCUUUUAUGUAUGGUUGAAAUGAGUGGCCUUUCUUAAAUCAAGAUCUGAUUUUAAAACGUCUUUCAAUUCUGCUAAUCUCAAAUGCCUUUUUCCCUUUCUUUAUGCUUGUGGUAAUCAUUGAUUCAACAUUACUGAGUACCCAGCAAGUGCUGUUCUAGGUGCUAGCAUUUGUUAAAGAGAAAUCAUUUAGUAAGAGAACUUUAAUUUUAUUCGCUGUAGAAAAGUGUCAGUUUGCCAUACCUCUGGCAUAUCCCACUGAAAAGCUAUAUGGGUUUUGUUGUUAGAUAUAAUUCACAUACCAUAAAGAAUUACCUUUUAAGUGUACGAUUCAAUGGUAUUUAGUGCAACAUAUAUUAACCAUCAUCACUACCUAAUUUUAUUAACUCUAUUUUCAUAACCCCCCAAAGAACCCUAUACCCAUUAGCAAGCCCCCCUAAUUUUCCCUCCCUCUAGCCCCUAGCAACUAUUAAUUUCUGUCUCUAUGACUUUGCCUGUUCUGGAUAUUUCAUAUAAAUAGAAUCAUACAAUAUGUGGCAUUUUGUGUCUAGCUUCCUUCACUUAGCAUAGUGUUUUCAAGAUUCAUGUUGUAGCAUGUAUCAGCACUUCAUUCCUUUUCAUAGCUGAAUAAUAAUUCCUUGUAUCGAUUGACCACAUUUUGACUAUCCAUGAGUUGAUGGACAUUUGCAUUAUUUCCUUUUUUUUUUUCUUUUUUUUACUAUUAGGAACAGUGCUGCUACAAGGUACAUGUUUUUUUGUGAGCAAACAUUUUCGUUUCUCUUAAAUACAUACCUAGGAGUGGAGUUGCUAGAUCAUAAAGUAACUAUGUUUAACCUUUUGAGGAACUACAGGGCUGUUUUCAAAAGCAGCUGCAUCAUUUUACAUUUCUGCCAGCAGUGUAUGAGGGUCAGUUUCUCCAGAUCCUCACCUAACUUGUUACUGUCCAUCUUUUUAAUUAUAGCCAUCUUAGUGGGUAUGAAGUGGUAUCUCAUGUUUUUUAUUUGCAUUUCUCUAAUGACUAAUGAUGUUGAGCAUCUUUUCAUUUGCUUCCUGGCCAUUUGUAUAUCUUCUUUAAAGAAAAAUGCUCAAAUUAUUUGCCCACUUUUUAAUUGGCUUGUCUGUCUUUUUAUUAUGAAUUGUAAGAGUUCUUUAGAUAUUCUGAGUCUUAGACCUUUAUCAUAUAUUUGAUUUGCAAAUAUUUUCUCCCAUUUUGUUGGGGUUUUUUUUUUUUUUUUUUUUUUCCACUUGAUAGUAUCCUUUGAAACAGAAAGGUCCUGGAGAUUUAUGCCUGUGUUUUCUCCUAAGAGUUUUAUAGUUUAACUCUUACAUUUAGGUCUUUGAUCCAUUUUAAAGGAACUUUUGUGUAUGGUGUGAGGGAGGGGCUACUUCAUUCUUCUGCAUGCAGAUAAUGCAUUUGUUUCAGCACCAUUUGUUUAAAAAGCUACUCUUUCCCCCAUUGAAUGGUGUUGGUACCCUUGUUGAAAAUGAAUUAACCAAGAAUGUGCAGGCUUGUUUCUAGAGUCUCAAAUCUAUUCCAUUGAUCUAUAUGGAUGUCCUAUGCCAUUACUACACUGUGUUCAUUACUGUACCUUUGUAAUAAGUUCUGGAAGUGGGAAGUAUGAGACCUCCAAUUUUGUUCUUUUUCAAGAUUGUUUAGCUACUCUGGGUCUUUUACAUUUCAUAUGAAUUUCAGAAUCAGCCUGUCAGUUUCUGCAAAAAAGAAAGCCAGAAUGUUCAUAGGGAUUACACUGAAUCUGUAGAACAAUUUGGGGAGGAUUGCCAUUGUAACAAUACUAAGUCUUCCAAACUACGAACACAGUAUGUCUAUUUAUUUAAGUCUUUGAUUUCUUUUAACAAUGUUUUGUAGUUUCCAGUGUAUAAGUCUUAGACUUCUUUUAUUACAUUUAUUCUUAAGUAUUGUCUUUUGCUAUAUUAAAUGGAACUUUCUGCAUUUUGCUUUCAGAAUGUUCAUUGCUAUUGUAUAGAAAUACAAUUGAUUUUGUACAUUGAUCUUGUACAAGUUUAACUGUAAGUUUAGUAGCCUUACUGAACUUGUUUGUUUAGUUCUAACAGGUGUGUUUGUGUAUUCCUUAGGAUUCUCUAUAUACAAGAUCAUGUCAUCUGCAAAUAUAGAGUUUUACAUUGUCCUUUA